GUUACAGCUAGUUAGUAAGGCUCAGGGUGGGGGAGUACUUGGCAGAGUCGGUUGUAGUUGCACGAUAAAGGUUGUAAGAGAUUGGCCUUAGCUCCUGGGUCAUGAGUUCUGAAACUAAAGAACAAAUUAUUGUGAAGACGGCAGACCUGGCCGCUGUUGGUCUGAAUCCUGAGGCACCAAAAGGAGAGAGGAAGUGUCCCUUGGGUGAUAAACAUAUCCAUAGAGAAGAUGUUAAAAAGGUCUGGAAAGAAUGCCAGGAUGAAAGCUUCUGGUACAGAGCCCUCCCUCUCUCUGUGGGCAGCAUGGCUGUCACCGGUGGAUUGAUCUACAAUGGUGUAUGGAAGGCAUCGAAACGAUUUGGCCCUUUCCCCAAGCUAGCAGUUGCUGGGAUCCUUGGUUUUGCAGUAGGUAAAGCCUCCUAUUUUGGAACUUGUCGACGCAAGCUUCAUGACCUUGGUAUUGAAGGACCCCCAUUUGGGCCUUGGUCUACGGGAGAUCAUAAAUUUGGUCCUCCUGGACACAGCUUUACGUUAUUUAAAUCCAUGACCCUACACCUUACCAAAUGUGUCACUGAUUCGUUGAAUCCCAACAGACACUGUCAUCACGUGUGUGAAGAAUGCAAGAAAAAAGAUGCACCUACAGAAGAGGUGAAGAGCUAAAGAAUCGCAGGACGACAUCUGUAUGACACGGAACCUUUCAAGGCUUUUUUGUGUUCCGGUGUAGCUUUAUGAUUCGUCUCAAGAUAUGCACUAAAAGCCACAUGGGGGCGCUGUGCUACAUUAAAUCGAGCAAAAAUAAAAUCAGCAUCGUUCUGACUUCAUUGAAAUUAAGCUUAAUGUCAGAUAACUAAAAUUCUUAACAUAGACAAAAUGGCAGCUUUGUGUUAUUGUGAUGAUUAAUAAUGUGUUUUCACCAGUGGAAUUCCAAUACACGCUAUGUUAAGACAAAUAUCAUCGCUGGUGCUUGAGUUGGAUUUGUGUAUGAACAAAAUAAACAAUUGAAGUGAAUAAAUAAAUAUAAAUAAAAACUUAAAUAUU